AUGAAGCUCUCACUUGCCCUGAUCAGUACUCUGCUUACGAGCUCCCUCGCACUUUCGGUCAAACGACAAAACGAUGUACCCUCCUGCGUCAACGGCGAUGUUGCCGACAGCAACGGCGGUCCAUACGAGGGUGCUGCAACCGACGAAUCUACGCGACCAGCGACAGCUUCAGACACUGGAAGCGACAAGGAAACUCAGAACCUGACGCUCCGUUUCUUCAAGGAUGGCCACGACGACACGUGUAACUACUACGACUCCCGCGACGCCUUGACCUUCACUACGAGUAGUAUUCCCAUCGUCCCGCACUGUUUCAGUCUUGGAGACCUCUUUGGUGGAAACGCCACGCAGGGCUUUGUGAACCAGACAUGGAACCUCGGUUCUAACAGGUUUGGUGACGAACAAGCGGGUAUAUACUGGACGCUUCUCAACGCCGACAAGUACGACAGAUCAGCAAACUACUCUCGGGUCCUAUACCGCCACCAUGUAGUGCAGGCUUAUGACGACAUAUGGAAGGAGGGCCAUCUCUCAAAUAUGAUGGCUACCGUCUACGGAGGGGAGGACUGCUCUGAACUCGAUCCUAACGAUGACCAAAACUUGCUGAACUGGUUUGGGUACAGCUGUUGGAGUGCUGAUGAGGGUGAUUGUGGCAAUACACCUUACCCCCUCAAUAGUUUCAAUCUUGCCUCAGUCGACCAGAGAUCAGACCGCAAGUGCUGGUUGCAUUCGGAACUGGGCGCUGCUGUGCAUGGAUUCUCGUCUUCGCGGGCGAUAAUGGGAGCUUUCGCGAGUGUAUCUCUAGCUGUCUGGCUGGCUUUGUAA